UUUCUUGACCUGGCAUUGGUUGUUGACCGUGAGCGGAUUCGUUAUCAUAACAAUAAUACAUCACGUGUGUUAGUGGAAAUAUUCACCAUUAUCAAUAUUAUAAAUAACAUUUAUCAGACACUGGAUAUUGAGGUACUUUUAAUUGGAGUUGAGAUGUGGAAUGAUAGAAACCGUGUACCCGUGAACGACAUAGAUAUCCUCCUACAUGAAUUUUGUGUUUGGACGUCUCGCAGCCUUAAUUUUCGUAUUCCAAAUGACAUUGCACAUAUUUUUGUGAAUCAUCAUUUUGGUAGUCUCCUUGGUUUAGCUUAUGUUGGAUCUGUCUGUGAGCCAUCUUAUAAUUGUGGAGUUGAUCGUGUGUUAGGAUCUAAUGUUCUUCAUAUUGGACAGAUCAUAGCACAUGAGAUGGGUCAUAAUUUGGGUAUGCAGCAUGAUAGCCGCUUAUGUACAUGUGGAGCACAAGUUUGCUUAAUGGCUCCCUCAGACAAUGGCAUCCUGAAGUUUAGUAACUGUAGUUAUUCUGACUUUUGGACAACAUAUCCUACUGCCAACUGUAUGCGCAAGGAAAAGAAGCCAUUAGGCAUCCUCAAAAGCAAGCACUGUGGGAAUGGAGUGGUUGACGAAGGAGAGCAGUGUGAUUGUGGAUCUGCAGAAAAGUGUGCAACAGAUCCAUGUUGCAAAUCCAGCUGUACCCUCAAAGCUGGGGCUGCCUGUGCUUUUGGGCUUUGCUGCUUACGUUGCCAGAUCAAACCAUCAGGCAGAGUUUGCAGGGAAAAGGCCAAUGAAUGCGACCUUCCAGAAUCGUGCAAUGGACAGUCACAUAAGUGUCCUAAUGACGUUUAUUUGCUUGAUGGGAGUCCCUGUAAAGAUGGUGGCUACUGCUAUGAAAAGAGAUGCAAUAACCGAGAUGAACAGUGUAAGCAAAUCUUUGGCAAAGAAGCCAGGAGUGCAGCUCACAGUUGCUACAGAGAACUCAACACCCAAGGUGACCGUUUUGGCAACUGUGGUAUGAUCAGAAAUGCAUACUUAAAAUGUCAUGACUCAGACAUCCUCUGUGGCCGAGUUCAGUGUGAGAACGUAAGAGGCAUUCCAUUUUUGAGGGAGCAUUCCACUGUACUAUGGACUCACCUCAAUGGUAUCACCUGUUGGGGAACUGACUACCACUUUGGGAUGACAAUCCCUGACAUUGGUUUUGUGAAAGAUGGCACAGACUGUGGUCCAGAGCAUGUGUGUAUCAAUAAGAGGUGUGUCAAUAAGUCAAUUUGGGCAAGUCAGUGUUCACCUAAGAAGUGCAACAUGAAAGGUGUGUGCAACAAUUUACAUCACUGCCACUGCCAACAAGGGUGGGGCCCACCAUAUUGCCUGGCACAUGGCUCUGGAGGGAGUGUUGACAGUGGCCCUCUGCAAGAGAAUGAAGAGGAACCCAAGAAAAGAAUUGGGCAAGUGAUUCAUAUUUGGAUUCUUUUUGCUUGUUUUUCAUUAUUGUUCAUUGCGUUACUUUUUCUCUUGAUUAGUUAUGUAAAAUCACCUAAGAGUAAAGGACCCAACGUUUCCUCUUCAGAAAUGAAAGAAGAUACCAGUGACGUAACGACCUCUGAAACAGAAUAGCAACGAUUUGUAACUUCAAAUGUGGUAUAAAUUCUUCCUACAUUUCCCAUGUCCUACCAUGUAUGAUCUUGCUAUGUGAAACACUAUGUGUUUCUAAAUUCAAUGACACAAAAUCCUAGAGAUAUUCAGUAUGAAAAAUCUCAUCAUUCAAUAAAGCUAUGAUCCUAGUACAUAA